AUGGAUCAUGAAACGGAGAACGAAGGGAAGACUGAUUUUAUUGAUUUGGAAAAACAUUGGAGUACUAUUCUCAAAAAAGGAAUAGAUCAGUUGAUUGAUGACCAAAUAACUGGUUUGAAAUUCAGUUCCCUAGAUGAUGGUGGAGAGUUUUAUAACACAUAUGCAAAGUUGGUUGGGUUUAGUAUUCGUAAAGAUGAGAUAAAGCGUAAUAAAGAUAACAUUGUGACCUCUAGAAGAUGGGUUUGUGCAAAGGAAGGGUUGCGAAUUAGGAAAAAUGAGUCCAAUGUAAAUUGCAUGAGUGAGAGACCAAUAACAAGAAGUGGUUGCAAGGCCGCUUUUCGUAUUAGAUUUGAACGAAAGUUAGGUGAAUGGGUGGUAGGAGAGUUUAAAAGGGAGCAUAAUCAUGACUUAGUUCCGCAAUUUGAGACUCAAUUUCUCCGUUCACAUAGGACUAUUAAGGAUUCUGAUAAGGCUCAGAUUAUAGCAUUGCAUAAUGUUGGGGUCAAAUCAAAUCAAAUCAUGGAUCAUAUGAUCCAACAAGCUGGAGGAUACGAGAAUAUAGGGUUCACUUCAAAAGACCUCUACAAUUACGUAGCGGCAAUUCGCAACAACAAUACGCGAGAUGGUGAUGCUGAAUGUGCUUUGGGAUAUUUACAAGCAAAAGUAGACAUGGACUCCUCAUUUUUUUUUAAAUACACUGUUGAUGAAGAAAGCCGUUUGGCUAAUCUGUUUUUGACAGAUUCUCAAAGUCACUUAGAUUAUGCAUGUUUUGGAGAUGUAGUCGCAUUUGAUACAGCAUAUAAGACAAAUGUAUACAAAAAACCCCUUGUUAUAUUGGUAGGAGUCAACCACCAUUGGCAAACUAUAGUAUUUGGUUUUGGACUAUUGGUUGAUGAGACCGUUGAAACAUAUACUUGGGUGUUGCAAAAUAUGCUUGUAGCAAUGAACAAUAAGACUCCUAUUUCAGUCGUGACAGAUGGGGACAAAGCAAUGAGUAAAGCUAUUAAAACGGUUUUUCCAAAGUCUCGACAUCGUUUAUGUGUGUGGCAUCAUGAAAGGAAUGCUUUUGCAAAUCUACAUGAUAAAGUAUAUGAAAGUUUUAUUAGGUGUAUGGUACGAUAUUUUACACCAGAUGAAUUUGAAGACAUGAGUACACAAUGUUGUGAAGCCAUGAAUGCAUUCUUGAAUAGAUUUCUAGAUAGGAAGACUAGGCUUUAUGAGUUGUUCCAGCAAGUUGAUAGAGCACUUUCACGUAUUAGACACAAUGAGAUGGGGGCAGAUUUUUCUUCAAAUUAUACUGAACCUAUUCUGAUUACUGGGUUAGCUGAAAUAGAGAAACAUGCUGCUACUAUAUUCACAAGGGAGGUUGAACAUUUGAAACAGAUUCCACCGACAUGUAUAAUGAACAGAUGGUUGAAAACAGCAAAGUCCGACCUGCCUUACAAACUUGAAUCCCAAAUGUCUCCUGAUAUCAUACGUAUGGCACGGUUUAGUGCAUUGUCUGCUAGUUGUUGUCAGAUGUGUUACUUUGGUUCAAGAACAACACAAGGCUUCAAAGAAUUGAAGGUUGAAAUAGCAAGGUUGACACGCCGCAUGGAAGAACUUUAUAAUUCAAGUAAAGAAGCUGCUGAAGAUGGGAUACGCACUGCAUCCAAUAAAGCAAACUUAAAUGUUCGUGAUCCAGCCAUUGUUAAGACUAAAGGUGACCAUGGUAGCACGAGCAACAACCACAGCCAUGCGAAAGUUAGGCGAUGCAGCAGUUGUAAAGAUGUUGGACACACAAGGCGCACAUGUCCAUCUACACAUAUUCAACAAGGUGAACAUGUUGAUGGUGACAACGUCCCUGAAUCCAUGGAACAUCCAGCUGUUGGCUCACCUGAUUUGGAAACAAAUUAUUAUAAUUUUCUUUAA